CUUAUCUUUCUUCUCAACAUAUAAGAAUUUGGUGGUGGAAAAUCUGAAGAGCAGAAUAGGAAACUUUUGCGAAGAUAGUUAAGGAUGGGAUUGGCUUCUUGCAAUUGGUCUCUGUUUCUUGUCCUCAUCAUCCUGUACUUUUCUGGGAGAAGUGAAUGUCAGGAGACAAAUGGAGAAUACAGCUCGAAUAUAAGACUUCCAAGUGCUACCAAAGAAGAUCAUCAUCAUCACCAUCAUGGCCAUAUGCAUAUGCAUAAUGUUGUUGAUGAUGAGGAUCAUGGUAGUCCAUCAUCAUCAUCAUCACACACUCAUCUUGACCGUCCAGCAGUAGCACAACGAUCGGUUUAUCUCAACCUGAAUGACAUAAAAGUGGGGUUAACAAAGCCCGUUUAUUUUCUAAACAAGAAGAAACUUUCUCCUGCAUUUCUGGGAAGACAGACACUAUUAGGAAAUCCUGAAUCGAUUCCAUUCUCCUCAGAACAACUUCCCAACUUUCUUAGGCUAUUCUCAGUCCCUCAAGGCUCACCACAAGCCAAAGCCAUGAAGUUCACCCUUGAUGUUUGUGAGUCUAAGCCCAUAGAAGGAGAGACAAGGAUGUGUGCUACUUCUUUUGACUCCAUGAUUAAGUUCGCGCGUGGCAUCUUCGGAUCGGACGGAUUGGGCCACGGGUUGACACAUCUCACAACAACCUUGUACAAUAUUGAUUCCAAUACCAUCUACCAAAACUACACCAUUUUGGAGGAUCUGAUAGAGAUAUCACCCCCUAAGAUGGUGGCAUGUCAUCUUAUGGAAUUUCCUUACUCUGUGUAUUCCUGCCAUAGCAUGGCCCUGGAUAGCAAGCUCUUCAAGAUGUCCUUAAGGGGCCAAAAGGUAGGCAGAGUUGAAUCCAUUGUCCUUUGUCACAUGGAUACCUCUCAGUGGGAUUCAGAUCAUCCUGCCUUCGAGGAGCUAGGGUUUGGUCCAGGGAUGGGGCCUGUUUGUCAUUUCUUCCCUGAUCACACUAAUAUCGUAUGGCUUCCUUCCUCUAUUCCAAUCUAAGUUAUAUAAUUAUAUAUCGCAACAAUAAAUCUUAAUGUUUCUUUCUAUAUAUGUAACCCUUUAUUCUAGAAAUAUUAAUGGCAUUUACUAUA